AAUUUUAAUCUUAAUUUCUUGCUUUUCUUGUGGACUUCUGCCCUUUUUCUUUUAUGUCAGUGUUUUUAGUCCAUAUUUUGAGCCUCGUCUUCUCUUUCUUGGUUUCCUGCACUGGCAGGAGCCGUCUCCUCUGGCUGCUUUGUUUUUAUUUUGAAAGGGUUGACAGGAAGCUUUCUCGUUUCAGUCGCUCUAACUUCCAGUGGAAGUUGGACAUCCUCAGAGCCUGAACUCAACAACAAGCUGGCACAUCACAGCCAGUUGUGCUUUUCCUCUUCUCUCCCUGUGUUCUGGGAGUCCUUCUGUCUCCCCCCACCUCUGCCUGCAGUCACGGCGGGAGUGGGUGUGUCAAUGCGGGCCCGUGGAGCCUAGUCGCUGCUUGUGCGCACUCUGAAAACGAGGAAAAAGUUGAUGAUGAGUUUAGUGUGAAAGCGGCCCGCCUCGGAGCAGGCUAACCGUCCCGGAAUGGCAGUUUGGACCCGAGCAGACAAAAACGGACAGUUGGACCUUCUGCUCCGCGACCGCUGGAUCCGAGUGACCGCCGAGCUCACCCGAGAAACGCUCACUUUGACGGCCGACGCGGAGACAACCGGCCCCGGGGCCAAUCAAUGGGACUACAGCAACUCUUCGGCGGGCCUGCGAAAUGGCAUGUCAAACGGAAACGACCCGGGAACGAGUCCCGGGAACCCCGGCCGCGGUCAUUCCUCGGGUCAGGACCAACUCCAGAACCAGAGCCAUGGGGGUCGGGGGCGCAGCGGCAGCCCGGGGCGCGGGGGGGUCAGUCGGGGUCAGUACGACGGCGGUUACAGCAUGAACAGCCCUGGAAAGUACCCGAAUAACGGCACUAACUCAGACUUCGGGAGCCCCGGGUCCAGCUACGGCAGCCCCGGGUCCAGCUUCGGGUCGAGACCAGGCGACUUCCACGUCAGCCUGGACGGGUCUUCGGAAGCUGUGCGCAAAGUCCGGGUUGUCAAACAGGAGUCUGGCGGACUGGGGAUCAGCAUUAAGGGGGGGCGCGAGAACAGGAUGCCCAUCCUCAUCUCAAAGAUCUUCCCGGGGCUCGCCGCAGACCAGAGCCGGGCUCUCCGGGUGGGCGACGCGAUCCUGUCCGUGAACGGCAACGACCUCCGGGAGGCAACGCACGACCAGGCGGUCCAGGCGCUCAAGAAGGCAGGCAAAGAAGUCACGCUGGAGGUGAAGUACAUCCGUGAGGUUUCUCCACUGUUCAAGAAGCCAUCCCUGGUGGCCGACCUGCCGUGGGACGGCGUCCGCCCACAGUCACCCAGCUACAGCGGCAGCGAUGACUCAGGGUCGCCCAAACACAGCAGCAGCUCCUCCUCAUCCAAAGACAGAAAGGUCAUCAGUCUGAAGAUGUGCUUCAUCUGCAGAAACCUCACCAUGCCAGAUCUGGAGAACAGACUGUUAGAGCUCCAUUCCCCAGACGGCCAGCACACGGUGGUGCUGCGAUGUAAAGACGGCCCCACCGCCAACACCUGGUUCACUGCCAUCCACACCAACAUUGCCGCCCUGCUGCCACAGACCUUGGCUCACAUCAACGCCUACCUGGGGGCCUCGACAUCAGCCUCCACACACCCCCAUCUCAAACACAUCGGCUGGCUGGCUGAACAGGUCCAGCUAGAAGGUGGACGCCAGCAGUUUAGACCAGUGGUCAUGGCGCUGACCGAGAAGGACAUCCUGCUAUUUGAAUCGGUGCCGUGGAGCCGAGAGUCCUGGUCCAUGCCUGUGCUCACACACCCGCUGCUCGCCACCAGACUGGUUCACUCAGGCAGCGCCCGCAGUUCUCCUGCCCAGGGUUCAGACCUGGUGUUUGCCACUCGGACUGGAACGGGCCGGGGUAUCGAGUCCCACAUCUUCCGAGUGGAGACCCACUGGGAUCUGUCAUCAUGGACGCGAGCCCUCGUGCAGGGGACGCACACGGCUGCUGAGAUCAUCAAAGAAGUCUCCAUUGGUUGCACAUUGAACAGACAGGAAGUUAGGCUGACUCUACACUAUGAAAAAGGCUUCACUGUGACGAGGGAGCCAGCUGACCCAAGCGGGGGGGCUGUGCUGUACAGAUACCCCUACGAGAAGCUUAAAAUGUCUGCCGACGAUGGAAUACGCAACCUUUACCUUGACUUUGGAGGUCCAGAGGGUGAAAUGGUGUUUGAUCUCCACUCGGGUCCAAAGCCGGUGGUGUUCGUCCUGCACUCCUUCCUGUCAGCCAAACUCACUCGCAUGGGUCUUCUGACGUGAAGCCCGCCAAAUGCUGGCAGCGUGGAUGAGAGGAUUCUUUUUUUUCUUUCUCAUUUUCAUUUAUUUUUAAUAUCUUGUUCGUUUUUCCAACUUGCCCGCUCACAGCUGAAGUCAGGCCUGACGUGGUGCUGCAGGAGGAACCUUAAUCCAAGGAGGUGCUUUGUCUGAUUGUCUCAAAAAUGUGCCUUCUCUUCCAGCUUCUCCUCGGCCCCUUGUGGUCAGCUGCGUUGCGAGGCGAGGUACAAGGAAGGGGCACUUUGUUUUAAGUCACGAGGUGAAAGGAGACUGUUUUCACGCAAAACAAAAAGUAUAUAUAGCAGUUAACAAUCUCAUAACAUUCCACGUGAUUGUGGGUUUUUUUCUUUUUAAAUAUAUUUCAUUAUAAAUAUCCGAUGAGAUGUUGAUGCAGCCGAUGUGCUUAUGAGAUUGCAGCACCUGUGCGCUCUAAGCAACGUGUUAGUGAAGUGCAUCGAAGAAAAGGAAGGCUUUUUUUUUAACUGACCAAGCACAGAUUGGUAAACGCUCCCAGUUUUUACUCUGCCUAUCAUUCCACAACAGCCUUCCGGUGUACUUUGGGCUCUUUUUAAAGCGUGCGUGUUUGUCUUUGUGAGAGGGAGAUGCUGCUUUAGAGUCGCGAUGCAGUUACCCGAGCGGAGGUUGUGCGCGUGAAAGAAGAUUUCUGCGGACCAGUGCGUCUUUCCUCGCUGCACGCUGCCAUUGGCUUGAUAGUGUGCCUCAUAGUUUUAGCAUAUUAUCCCAAACUACUGUUGUAAUCAGGAUCACCAACUGUGCCUUGUUACUUGUAGUCAGAGACACUCUUUAUAGUGUUCCCUUUUUUUUAAUUCACACAAUAAGAGAAUUUUACGCUUCGGACAUGCACAAGCAAUAGUAUUACUCUUAUAGUGUAAACAAUGUUACUGUUUUCUAGUGUGUAUCUCAUGAAAGCAUGACUUCCUGAUGUUGGACUCUGUAUUAGACGAUUAUAUAUGACAUGACCGUGCGUUACCUCCCCCACCCGCGACUCAGACACCUACACUACCACAUCGUCUCAUCUCAUUCUGCUUCGCUUGUGAUUACACCUCUCUGGUUGCCAUGCCCACAUCAGCAUUUGUGUGGUCAAAUACCUUUUAACAGGAGCGUCACAUGACAGUGAGCUGACAGUGAAUGUUAAAACUGCCUCACCUCCUAAAACACAAACAAAAAACAGAUUCAGGAAAGUUGUAAUAUCUUAUUUCUGGGUGAUUGAAUGUUCAAAGAUCAGUGUUCCUCUGGAGUACCAUGAAUGGCUGAGUUUAGCCAACAAGUUCUACAGUGAAAUUUUGCUCAUUUUAAGCACCCAAAGUGAAAAAUAUUAAACCUUAAAAGAAGUUUAAAAAAAUCUCUCAUAUUAGGUGGACCUGUUGCGCUCGCUUCCAGCUCUUUAUUUUUCCUCUAGCAGUCAGUUUAGAGUUACUACUACUCUGCCCUCUUAUUUUAGCCAAUCAGACAUUUUCUCUCCUGUCUCUUUAAGGCUCCCCUCCCCAUAAAUCAAACUUUCUUCUCAUAGGUCCAAUCCUGGAAGCCUGACGAAAGGCAGCACCUAGAAGCCAGCUACAUAUGAAAACCCAUGUAGCUUACUGAAAAUCUUGUAUGCAAUCAGCUGGAAUUGCCUUGUUUUUAUAGUCACCUCAGUUUAGGAAUUAUUGAAAGUCUUAUAAACCUGUGAUCCCAGUUUGAACCUAAAGCAGAGCAGUUUGAAGUCUCAGCCAAAUUAUGUGAAAAUCUUUAUUUUUUUGCCUUGAAGUCAGAUUAUUAUUAAACUGAAAGUACUGCACUCUGUUUGGUCAAGUUAAUGAGCACAGAGGAAAUGAUGGGUCCAAGAAUAGAAAGUGUCAAUCCUUCCUCAGCUUCCUUGUUUUCUCGAAAUAAUCGGUCAGCUUAAUGACUCAUUCUGUAAAAACAGUUUCUUCAUUUAACAAAUAAUGUGAUUUCUGCUGCCAAAGAUCAACAAAGCUGACAAACGUCAUUUCGAUAUUUCCAGUUUAUCAGACUGACAGACUUUGUGUUAAGCAGCCAGGUGUACAUGUGGUGACCACAUUUCAAUUUCAUUUUCACUCAUGGGUUGAGUUCAAGAAACAAAAAAAAACAAACACAGGAUGCAGGGUUAAGAAAAGAGUAUAUUGUACACAUGUAAAAAGCUCUAUGUUCUAGUUUACAAGCGUGAAUUAAUAACAAGUUUGAUAUUCACCGAACAGAAACCUUCUGCUAUAACCUGCUGCAGAUGUUUGUCCUCCCUACUCUUUUUUUGUUCUAGAUUAGAUUUGAUUGAGAGUUAUGAUUCUCAAACUUAAGCUGCCCCCCUCAGCAACCUUUCAGAAAUCAACCAAUCAGAACAAAGUUAGCCUUUACUGAAAGGGUGGUGGUGUCUUUAAGGGCCUGUGGCUAAAAUUACCCAUUUAAAGCAGAUCAAGGCUCAUCUGAGGGUCUAGAAGAUAAAUUAUCUUUUUUUAAACUGUAAAUCAAGCAGAGCUACUCUUGUGAAGUCCCAGAAUAAAAAUAUCGAGUUGGAAAAGAGCAGCAGGUGUUCCCUUUAACAUCAGGAAUAGUGAUUAUAAUGCAAAGUUAGCACAGGGAAAAAGAAUGCCAGCCAUUCAUUCUUGUUUACCCCUCCGAUGUGCUAAAAUUGUGUUAAAUGUUGAGAAAUGAUGAGAGCUUGUAAGUCGUAUUGGUCACUCGCAGCAGUGUUGGUGUUCAUGUAGUCAGUGUGCUGAUAGAGACAAUGUGAUGCACGUGAUAUUUAACUGACUGAACCAGAUUUUUUUUUUUUUCCCAAUAUAUGCAAGUUGACCAUCCUUCCCCCUUCAGUUCAUUUUGCCUGCGUUGGCUGGUUAAUGAGUUCAACGUGACUGUAAUAAACACAUUUUAAUCACUGUCAGCUUAUUCAUGGUACAUGUAGCUAAAGUUACCCUUCAGUAGAGCCUCUGUCUGAGGUCCAAAAGAACACAAUGAGCCAUUGUGCGUACUGACUGCACCAUAGGAAAACAAGAUAACCCCGGUUCUCUGAUACGGAGCACAGUCACCCGCCUGAAUGACCUCUGUCCCAUUUGGGACAUCGUGUCCUUGUGAUGCUUUUUUUUUUUUUUUUUUUUUUUUUUUUUUUUUAAUGAAUGUGAAAAUUCAUCACAGUACACUCACUUCCUGUUUAGCGAUUUAAGUCUUUUCAAGCUACAGUUAAUGUUGGCUGUAUUAAAGCAGAAGUAAGCUUUGCUUCCCUUAAAACGUCACAGUUUGAGCUAUGCUCAGCCUGGCACGAAGUCAGUUUCUGCAACAUUUGAAGCAGUAGUGAAAGGGAUACGCUUUUACACCACACUUUUGCUUUCUUGUCACUCUAACUGCUCUAACCUGAUCUGAUUAUGUGAAGUUUAAGAAGCUACGAGGCCGUCCUGUUCCUCUCUGAGCUCGAUGCACUAACCUGUCAAACCCCUUUUAAACCUGUGAAUGUACACCUUUUAUCUCCUUCCUCUCUUUGUUCUCAAAUCGUGUCUGUUCUGUCUAUGCAACGCUUCAAAGAAGGGGUUUUUGGAACCAAAGGUAUUAUCUGUGGCAGCUUGCGUCCAACACAAUCAUGAAACUGAAAAGUCGCGAGGAUAAAUGCUGCUGCGACAACCUGUCAUAUGCAAAGUAUUUUAGAUUUCCUUCCAAGAGACGGUAUACAAUGUAUGAUAACAAUGUAGUAAUCUGAAAUGUACAUACCUACCAAUAAAACUGUUGUAAGUUACAG